AUGUCUGGUGAUAAAUGUGUUUCGCUUUUGUGUAAUGGAACUAACAAUUACGGAAAAUCCGGUUCUGGCCUUAUAACUAUUUUUGACUCAAAGCCCGAUACAUUCAUGAAGUUUAUUAAGGUUUAUAAAUGCUUUGAUUUCUUUUUUAUUGAAUUUGUUCGAACAAAUUACACUGCAUCUUUUUGUGAUUUUGUUGAAGCAUCCGGUCAUUCGCAUUCUUAUUGCGUCGAUUCAUGCAUUGCGACAUUCGAAAAUUGUCUAUUUAUUGAUUCAUUAAAUAAAGAAGCUUAUCUAGUUGGACCAUAUCAAGUAAAGUUUAUAAAUUGUUCAUCAAAUGAAAAUCGUCCUGAUAUGACUUUUACAUCACUUGAAAAAUAUGAUUAUCAAACGACUUUUUCUUAUAAUCAAGUAUCUUGUUUUCAAGUAAAAUGUACAAGAUUGGUUAAUCCUGGUGCAAUAUAUUAUGCACCUCUCUUCGAAAUUAUUACAAUUCAAUAA